UGGUUGGUCUUAAUGGUUGGAGGGAGAAGAUCCCAAGAUAUUUCCUGCUGGAACUUAAUCCUGGUCUAAGGUGGGCUAUAUGGCAAGGAAUUAGGAGGAUUGUUGUUAUUUUUUUUAAUAGAAUAUCAUCUUCAUCAAUUCCAAUGUGCUACAAAAUGGAUGCAAGUACAGAAAUGAUAAAAAUUAAAGUGGCACACCAGAAAUCAGUUUCUUGGAAGGAAAACAGACAUAAGAAAUAUGAACAUUUUAGACACUUUCCCUUAAUAGAUGACAAUGCCACAAUCCUAGAAAGGAGAAAUCUUACUCAACUGGAAGAGACCAAUGAAAACCUUCAAGAAAAAGACAAUGACAGGCCACAGUCAACUUCUAGUAGUCAACACCAACUGCUGAGUCAGCGAAAGGAGAUGCUUCAGCGGUAUAAAAAGCAAAAGCAGCUUCAAAAAAUGAAAGAGCGGCGAGAGAGAGCCAAACGAGGGAUAUUUAAAGUGGGGCUUUACAGACCUGAUCCACCAAAAUUUCUUAGUUCUCUUCCAGAACAGAAGAUGGGGAAACCUGAAGCAAAGAAGGCUAUUCAGACCUCUGAAUGGAUCACAAGGUCAAAGGUCAAGGACAAAAUGGAGCAGCAACCAAAGGUUUUUCAGACCUCUGUACGGAUCACAAGAUCAAAGGUGAAGGACAAACUAGAGCAACCAAAGAUCUAUGUUGACCAGGUCAAUAAUGGGCACAAUAUGGAAGCAGUCCAAGCUGGCCAGAAGCCAACUUCUGAACACCAGUCUAGCAAAGAAAGGAAAGUUGUAAAACCUGAUAUGAGAGUAACCAGAUCAGCUACCAUAGCAGCAAAACAGAUCCCUAAACCAACUUCAUCUGUUGCAAUGAGAAGGCCUAUACCAAAACUUAUCAGUGAAAACCAACUGGAAAGAAAAGCAUCAACUGAAGAAAGACCUCCUCCAAAGACUGAAGUUAAAGCUGACAAAGGAAAGCCAUCAGUGCAUCUAAAGAAGCUGUACAUAGUAAAUCAGAUGAUCCAGCUGAAUACAAAACACCUGGGAAUAAGAAAAGAAAUCUUAUUGAAGGAAACUGGACCAAGCUAUGUUCUCCCUCAUAUCAGUAAUGUAAAAAAAGCUACAACAAACCCUGAGUGAACACUGUCAAAGCCUUUCAUUAAUAUUUUGUAAGCCGCUGUUUUCAGAGGAUUACAGGUUGGCUAAGAAAACCUUUGUCUGAAGUUGACACUGAUCGGCCUGGAAAUGUUACUUAAGUACAUUAACAGAAAGAUUUCAUUGAUCAUUGAAAUUGGAUCUUUAUUUUUAUUGUUGUUCUUUUUCAUGUUAGAGUGAUUGUAUGUGGUAAGAUAUUUUCACAAAUAGUAUUAAAGGGUGAAACUACUUCUAUUCAUGCUUUGAAUUUUUGUGCAUAUGUAUGUUGUGUUAAAUUCAACAUUGAAUACAACAUUUUUAUUUGGAAUAAA